GAAAAGCGACUUAUUUGUCCCAAAAAUUUGGCAUGGACUGUGUCGGUUACCAAAGCACCAAAUAAAAGCACAGUGAAAUUCUAACAUUCAUUUCCACGUGUCCUCAUUUUACCAGUUUCUACUUUAUUUUCCAGCAUGUACCACAACCGACUUAACCAACCUCUCUCACUCUUCACUCAAGAGUCAAGACUCAUCAGUCGAUCACUCAUCAGUUAUCAACAUUCAACAAAUGUAAAUUUCAUAGGACCACUACAACUACAACUACAACUACGAUUAUGAUUUUGGAAUAGAAUCUCCUAUAAUUUUAGGACGACGGGUGUAGCCUGGGUUCAUAUUUAGCAUAGGUGACGUCUACGAGUAUAACUUUAGUGGGACCAAACUUUAAUUUCCUCUGUUAAUGCAGUUUUCCUCGUUCCUCAAUUUACUACUCCACUCCUUUUAAGAGAAAAGGCAAACCCCCAUUCUUUCCUUUGCCUCACUCCUAAUCUCUCUUUCUCUUUCCUAAAUUCUCUCUCUUUUUUUCAAACACACACACACACAACUAUGGUAAACCCAGAAACACCAUAUGAAACGCCACUUAAAUCCAAAAUCUCCGUCUUCCGCCAAAAAACGACGUCGUAUUUCUCCGACGUCGUAAUGUUUUUAGGUGGCUCACUUGUUGCUUUCCUUCUUCUGUGGUCUCUCUGGUGCUUCACAGCCCCUCUUUCUUCUUCCUCACCCUCCACCUUCUCUUCCCCAUCUCAACCCACCGAAACCCGACCCGACCCGACAACAUUCUACGACGACCCGGAAUUAUCCUACACUCUCCAAACCCAAGUUCAAAAUUGGGACGAAAAGCGAAAACAGUGGCUAAACCGGAACCCAGAAUUCACGGGUCAAAACCGGGUUGUCAUGAUAACCGGGUCUCAACCCGGCCCGUGUAAAAACCCAGUUGGGGACCAUUACCUGCUGAGAUUCUUCAAGAAUAAAGUGGACUACUGUCGGAUUCACGGCUACGAUAUAUUCUACAACAACGUGUUAUUGGAUCCAAGAAUGUUCACAUUUUGGGCCAAGUAUCCGGUUAUAAAGGCCGCAAUGUUGGCCCACCCGGAAGCCGAAUGGAUCUGGUGGGUUGACUCAGACGCAGCCAUUACUGACAUGGACUUCACUCUCCCACUCGAAAAGUACCAGGCCCAUAAUUUAGUGAUCCAUGGUUGGCCCAAAUUAGUGUUUGAGAAGAAGAGCUGGACUGGGCUCAAUGCUGGUGUUUUUCUAAUCAGAAACUGUCAAUGGUCCAUGGAUUUGAUAGAGAAAUGGGCCAGAUUUGGCCCAAUAAGCCCAGACUACGAGAAAUGGGGGGCAAUCAUGAAGUCAGUGUUUACUGAUAAGUUAUACCCGGAAUCAGAUGAUCAAACAGGGAUAGCUUAUCUAAUGGUGAAAGAAGGGCAAAAAUGGAAAGAUAAAAUAUAUUUGGAAGAAAAGUAUUAUUUUGAAGGGUAUUGGGUGGAAAUUGUAGAUAAUUUGGACAACAUUACGGCGUAUUAUAGCAAGGUUGAGGCGAAAGAGCGCAGGUUAAGGAGGAAACACGCGGAGAAAGCAGGGGAAGACUAUCGUGUGCAGUGGGAGUAUAGCAUGGAGAAAGAAAAAGGGGUGAAAUUGAUGAAGAGACCAUUUAUAACACAUUUUACAGGGUGUGAGCCAUGCAGUGGGAAACAUAAUGAGAUGUAUAGUUGGGAAUCUUGUUUAAAAGGGAUGAAUAAAGCAUUGAAUUUUGCUGAUAAUCAGGUGCUUAAGACUUUUGGGUAUUUUCGUCCUGAUUUAGAUAAUUCUUCUUGGGUCCAAUCUCUUCCUUCUUAAUUAUUAGCUGCAUUUUUGUGUUACAUUGUUACUGCAUAAAGUAGUAUAUUUUUCAUCCCUUAUUUUUUGUUAGUUUGCUUUAUAGUUUUGAGUACUAGUAUUAGUUGAUGUACUAAGGUUUAAGAGGAUAUGUACAUAAUAUAUGAGCAUCUGAACAAUUGGAUUGGUGUGUAAUUUGAGCUAGUAAUACAACGGAGGUAGUAAUAUGAAUUUGCUCUA